CCGUCCUCUUUGCAGCGUUUUGAGAUUCGACGAGACCUCAAAUCUUAUUGCAACAUAGAAGAGCUUAUAUACAACUACUAAUAGAUUCUAUCUCUUGUUUGCGGCACGUGCCCAGAAAUCAACAUCAUGCCCCUCGUCGUCAGUCCGCGGAUGCACCCUUAGUUGUUCGGCUAGCUUUGCCCUCCAUAAACGCUCUCACUUAUACGUAAGACUGUCAGUGGACCCCCAUAGAGCUUCAUCAAAACUAAGGUCAUGCCAACGCUAUCAUCCAGCAGAAGAAUUUACAGUCCUAUAGCCAGCUCGCGUCUCCGUGGCUCAGGUAUGAGACGACCACCACUUCGGCUUGCCCGUGAGAUCAAACAAUAGCUGCGGCAGCCCCACGACUUCCGCGCACGCCAUGCAAGCCUCAUAUGAACCAAAGCAUGGACAAAAAAACCGUCCGAUAACGGCCUGCAGGCUAGUGAACAAGGCUGUAGAUAAAAAGUGUAGAAGGCCGGAAAAAAAGGGAAAAAAUAGCAGGGGAACUUAUGUUUAGCCCGAGCGUAGGCUUACACAUAUAGACAAUUACAGGAAACAAUCACGCAAUACUCGCAUAAGCAAAACACCGCAUGGUAGAGGAAUACUUAAAUGGAAAGUUUACCUUUACCAAAGAGAAGGGAAAAUCGUGCUAACAGCUCGCGACUCCUUAGGCACGUUCGAAGCUAGGUUAGUUCAAGACGACGAAAUGGCGACCGAAGCAUCACCUAGCAAAGAUGAGGGCGAUAUGCAUGCUACCAGCCAUGCCGAGGUGAUCGACGAUGUUGGCGGCCUUACUUUCGAUCAAUACACCAAGGGUGGCUUGGGGCGCCAUCUUGGCAUCACCAGUACCACUUUUCUGAUUAUUGGUCGCAUCAUCGGUACAGGCAUAUUCUCUACGCCGUCCACCAUUGUCUCCAGUGUUGGCAGUGUCGGUGCAUCGCUUAUGCUUUGGGUUCUAGGACUGCUGUUGUCCAUCGCAGGUCUCUGCGUAUGGUUGGAGUUUGCUUGCAUGAUUCCCCGUAGCGGCGGUGAAAAGGUGUAUCUUGAGGCAGCGUACCGAAAACCCAAGAUGCUCGUCACCAUCGUCUUCGCGGUUCAAGCUAUCGCGCUCGGGUUUACAGCUUCCGGAUGCAUCAUAUUUGCGAGCAAUAUUGUUGUGGCGGCAGGACGCAAAGCAACGGAGUGGGAACAGCGAGGUAUUGCCAUUGGCGUUAUUACUUUUGUUACAAUCAUCCACACCUUCUUCCCUAAGGUUGGCGUUCAUGGAAUGAACUUCUUCACCGUUCUCAAAGUCGCAGUUCUUUUAUUUAUCGUGGUCACUGGUUGGGUGGUGCUUGGAGGUGGUGUCGCAAGAGUUCCCGACCCCCAUGCCAGUUUCCGAGAUGCGUUUGCCAAUUCUGCAACAUCUGGAAAUCAGUAUGCAACAGCGCUAUUCAAAGUAUUGAAUUCUUAUGCUGGUUGGUCGAAUGCCAUGUACGUCCUCAACGAAGUGAAGAACCCCGUCCGGACGAUCAAAAUUGCCGGCCCUCUCGGGCUAUCCAUCUGCGGUGUUCUCUACCUGCUCGCAAACGUCGCAUAUUUUGCCGCGGCUACACCGAAGGAAGUCGCAGCGAGCGGUACUACAGUUGCAGCGUACUUCAUGGGCAAAGUCUUUGGAACAGCGGCACAGAGAGCAUUAAGCGUCCUCAUUGCUCUAUCUGCGCUUGGAAACGUCAUGACUGUUACCUUUGCGCAGGCCCGUGUUAACCAAGAGCUUGCCAAAGAGGGCGUAAUCCCCUAUCCUCGAUUCUGGGCGUCGAGCUGGCCAUUCGGUUCUCCUUCCGCGGGACUGAUCUUGCACUAUAUUCCGUCCUUCAUUGUCAUUGUUGCUAUUCCAUUUGGUAACGCGUACAAUUUUAUUCUCGAUGUCGAAGGUUAUCCCGGAUCAGUUAUCAACUUCCUGGUCGUGGCUGGAUUAUUUUACCUGAGAUACAGUGAGCCAAAUACCCCACGGCCGUUCAGGGUUUGGUGGCCAAUUGCGUUCUUCUAUAUGGUUGGCCAGGCAUUCCAGCUCGUUGCACCUUUCCUACGCCCCCCAGGAGGCAAAGGCGAUACCCCACCGCUGCCAUAUUGGUUGUACUGUGUGGUUGGUAUUGUUGUAUUGGUAGCCUCGGUGGUGUAUUGGUUCAUUUGGUGGGUAGCAGGUCCAAAAUUGGGUAAGUAUGAGCUUGAGCCGAACAAUGAGCCUUUGGCAGACGGGACCAACGUAAUUGUUUAUCAUCGAGUACCUAAGAAAUUCGAGGACUCGUGAAGUAUGUAGAAUUAUAAGCUCUUGACGCGGUGCUGUGAUCAGUGUUUGCCUGUGCUGGUCUCUUAUACGCAGAUUUAGCUUAUAGUCUGCUGCAUUGUGCUUUGUACUUAAAAAAAAGUUCUCAUUGUUAAUAGUUUUUUUUUAUUUAUUUAUUAAUACAAUAUAAUUCCUUCGCUAUU